AUGGAGCUCCGGACUCCUUCCUUCCCGCAGAGUCGGCCGGUGCCCGCCGUGUGCGCUCAGGGUGCUGAGAUCUGCUGCAGACGCUCGCAGGGGUGGCGGGGUGGGGCACUGAGCCGGAGCGCCCCGCUGCAUGCCGGCGCUGUGACCAGGUCUGUUCUCUCCUCUCCUCCUGGCCUCCCCGCCCCGUCCGCCCGCCUGCUCGCCUCUGCAUGGCAGAAGUCCUCCAGCUCUGCGUCCUCAGAGGCCUCGGAAACCUGCCAGUCCGUUAGCGAGUGCAGCUCCCCCACCUCGGACUGGGCCAAGGCGGGCCCCCACGAGCAGCCCUCGAGCACCAGCCUGCAGCGGAGAAAGGAUCGAGCGGAGCACCCCCGAGACACAGAACCAGGCCUGGCCAGCGGGGGUGCCCUGGGCCCCAGCAGCGAGGAGGCACCGCGACCCCGCAUGUCCCCUGCCACCAUCGCAGCCAAGCACGGCGAGGAGGUGUCCCCCGCCGCCAGUGACCUGGCCAUGGUGCUGACCCGCGGCCUGAGCCUGGAGCACCAGAAGAGCAGUCGGGAUUCUCUGCAGUACUCCAGCGGCUACAGCACGCAGACCACCACGCCCUCGUGCUCCGAGGACACCAUCCCGUCCCAAGGCUCCGACUACGACUGCUACUCCGUGAACGGGGACGCAGACGGCGAGGGCCCGGCCGAGUUCGACAAGUCAUCCACCAUCCCCCGCAACAGCAACAUCGCCCAGAACUACCGCCGCCUGAUCCAGACCAAGCGGCCGGCCUCCACCGCGGGGCUGCCCAGCGCCUCGGGCGCGCCCCCCGGCGUAGCCACCAUCCGCCGCACGCCGUCCACCAAGCCCGCCGUGCGCCGCGCGCUCUCCAGCGCCGGCCCCAUCCCCAUCCGGCCGCCCAUCGUCCCCGUGAAGACGCCCACCGUGCCCGACUCCCCGGGCUACGCGGGGCCCACGCGGGCGGGCAGCGAGGAGUGCGUCUUCUACAGCGACGAGGCCGCCUCGCCCCUGGCCGCGGACCUGGCCAAGGCCUCCCCGAAGCGGCUGAGCCUGCCCAACACGGCGUGGGCCAGCCCGGCCCCCGAGGCGACCAGCUACUCCGGGCUGGCGGCGGACGACGACGACGAGCAGCAGCAGCUGGCCGCCAACCGGCACAGCCUGGUGGAGAAGCUCGGGGAGCUGGUGGCGGGCGCCCACGCCCUGGGCGAGGGCCAGUUCCCCUUCCCCACGGCCCUGGCCGCCGCAGCCGCCCCUGCUGAGGAGACGCCCAGCCCACCCCCUGCCGCCUCCGGCGACCCCCCGGCCGAAGACAUGCUGGUGGCCAUCCGCCGCGGGGUGCGGCUCCGCAGGACCGUCACCAACGACAGGUCGGCGCCCCGCAUCUUGUGAUGGCGCCGCCCUCCCGCCCUCUGGCCCGUGUGACGCAGGUGGCCGGACCAGUGACCCACAGCCGCUCAGAGCGAAGGCACAGCGAGGAGACAGCAGAGCCAGGCAAGCCUUUGGUUUUCUGUUUUUUAAGUCACGUGUGAUGGAGAGACACUCAUCCUGGAUUUCAGCAUUUACGUGGGAAGUGACUUCCUUAACCAAGCCCGCCAGCUCGGAGCCUGCAGGCCUUGAACUGGAUCCGGAGCCUGUUUUAUAUGUUUCCUGCCUGUUCUGCCCCUCCUCCUCCUCCUCCUCAGGCCCUGCCUCUCCCCCCGCCCCCACCCACUGGGGGAGCCCUGCUCUGGGCCUGCCCUGCCCGAGGCCUCUCCUGGAGACCAGGCGCUUCUCCCUCCUUCCCCUUUCUCUCCCCUUCCAGAGUUCUGUCAGGGAGGCAGGCUGUCUGCGGAGGGGCCCGGCGCCCAGUCGGCUGAGGUGUGAGCUUUGACUGAAAAGCUAUCCGGGAUGGCGGGGAGCAGGUUGAGGUUGGGAGGCCCAGCCUCCUGUGGAGGGAAGAGGCGCACAGCCCCAGGGCCCUGCGUUGUCUUGGGGACGUGUUUGGAGAAGGCCAUGGCGCCUAAGGUGGCUUCAGGUCCUAGCGUGCCGUCGCUGGGGCAGUGUGGCUGCUGGAGAGGGGCAGGCCACAGGGUCCUCUGGCCGGUCCCUCGGGAGCUGCUUUUGGAUGUGUGGCCCUCAUAUGGGCACGUUGAAAAUUUAACUCUGGUGGCACUUUGGUCACGGUUUCGGCCACCUUUGGGCAUAGGGGCUGGAGCUUGGUAGAGGGUGUGGGGGUUAUUUUUAUGAAUAUGAUAGCGAAAGAGCUGACUAGACAGGACUGUGUGGUGGGACAGGGUGGACCGUACAGGGUGUCCAAGAGUGCCUGAGGGACAGGGGUCCUCACAGUGGCCCGGUGGGCCUAUGGCAGGAGGAGGAGGGCCAAAUUGCUUCCUCAAAGCCAAGGGGUAGCUGUUUUUUCCUCCAGUUUCUGGAGCAAAGCCAAAAUAAGGUUGGAGAAGGCCAGGUGUUGGGGGUUGGCCAGCACAUCUGCUUGGAUGGGGCUGGGGUGUAGCCCAGGGAGCUUGGCUUUGACUCUCUGUCGCCAGAGGAGAUGCCAACCCAGUGCAGUCCCCCCGGAGUCCGGUCCUGUGCUGGCGGUGGGUGCGGGGUGGGGGUGCCCUCCCCUCCACGUGCUGAGUCCCGCCAACUCAAAGCAGGUAGAAGCAGGUGCGUCUAGGGCGAGUGGAGGGCUUCCUGUUGUCCCGCCGGCUGGCAGUGAGGGUGGCCGGGCUCGGAGGGCAGCAGGACCACAGGGCAGGGGGCCUCCUGGGGUCGGGAGAGCAGGGAUUGGGGCUGAGUCUCAGCACCAGGCUGGAGCUACUGGUAGUUCUUGUGCAGGGAACUGGGGUCCAAGCAAGGUGGCCAGGCAGGUCUGGGGCACCAAGGUGGCCCCUGGUGCCUGGAGGCCCCCCCCCACCCCACCCAGGUUCCCAAGGGCAGAUGGAGGAUGGUAUCUGUAAGUUGCUAGGUCUGAGAACAGCCUUGCUGACUGCUCAGGCCAACCCGAGAGCCCAGGUUAGGGCAUCUUGAGAGAGGGCCCAGGUGAGGGAGGGCCUGAAGAGGACAGGAGAGCAGAUGGCCCGUUGGGGAAGGCGGGGGGUGGGGGGUUUGCGGGCAGGCAGAUACACUGCCCUUUCCCCACAGGGCUGUGCUGGCAUUUACCCGGGUGGGCUGAGCGAGUAAGAUGCAGGGUGUGUGAUAUGAGCAGGGCAAGGAGCAGUGGGGUACGGGGGUGACUUG